UACGUUGGGAAAUUUUCAAAAAAAUUGCUCUUCUCACUGUUCCAUUUUUCUAUCAAAAUAAAUUAAAUUCAAGUUUGAUUCUGAAUCACUCACUCUGGGGUUCAGACUCAUCUUUAUAGCAAAUGGGUUGUUGUCUCAGCAAGAAACCUUCUCCGAUCCCUCUCUCCAGUGGUGAUGUUAAAUCCCCAGACCCAGUCAAACCCGAUGUUAAUAAACCCACUAAACCGGUGAUUGAGCUGCCGGUUAAACCGGCGAUCGAGAGUCCUUAUCCAGCAGUGGAAGAAGCCAAACCAAUUAUAUCCGAGAAGGUAGAGAAAGAAGAAGAGAAUGCUACAAGUAAGGAUGUUUCAGCUUCUGUAGCGGUGGAGAAGUCAUCCGUGAGGACCUCAAGCUGUACGAAAGAAGAAGUUGACGCGAUACUGAUCCAAUGCGGGAAGCUAAGUCGGAGCAACUCCAAAACAAGAAGAUACUCUGGCUCAAAGAGAAGCUUCGAUUUUGACCAGAACGAGAGGACACGUGGCGGCGGCGGCGGAGAAGUGGAAGGGGAGGAGGAGAGAAGGAAGACGACGCCUCAAAGGAAUCGUGACCGUGGAGGAGUAGAGCGAGCGAACGGUUCGCCUCGCGAGAGGAGAAGACGAACUCCAAGCAGAGAAAGAGAAAGAGGCGGCGCCGCCGGUGGAAGCAGACGGGUGAGCAGGUCUCCCGCAAAACGAUCAGAGGCGAUAAACCCUAGUGGCAAUUUAGUAAUUUCGAGCAACAUUAAGUUUGUUACAGUUCCCGCCACGGACCCCUCGAGUAAACGAGUCACUGUUAAGAGGAGCAUCGGAGAAGCUUGUAGAACCGCUGCGAUGAGUAAUGUUCAGCCUCCUCCUCGGAGAAAGCCACUGGGAGUAAUCGAUCAGAACGCGACAAAAGGAGACAAGAAGAAGAAGAUGAUAAAGAGAGAGAACGAAGAUAAGAGACCACAAGUGAUAAGCAGAAGCAGAUCGCUGAGGAGAUCACGGGACUUCGAUCUCAGUCCAGAGACAUUGUUGUUGCAAUCAAGCGAAGAAGACAAGAGCAGUUACACCGCGCUGUUGCUGAAAGACAUUAAGGAUCCGUUUAGUCGUCUUCCGUCUUGUGUUACUAAAGCUUGCUCCAUUGUCGAAGCAGUGGCGGAUCUUAACUCCACCAGCUCUGACUUGAACCGGUUUAGAUUCACAUCUACUGUGAAGAAAGUGGAUUUGGUAGAACCGAGAUUUGAGAAGUAUGUGACUGUGAAGAGAGGUUGUUGUUCGUUGGAGGAGCAAGAAUCAUGUGGUAGCAACAAUCUUACGUGACCAGAGUUCGAUUUCUCAGGCAACAACUCUACUCUCUGUGUUGUUGCAGUUUCAAGCUUUAGUUUAAUUCUUUUUGUUUAUUGUAUUGCCCCUCCCCCCAUGUUUUCAUUCACUUCAAUCGAAUCUUUUCUUCAA